AUGUUAGACACGGAACAAUCUGUACUAGUGGUAGUUGGAGACCUCUCGUGCUUGCGAAUCGCAGCUGCGUCUCCAUGGCAACCCGUGCAUUACGACCUGCUGCUGCACCCGCAUAUCGAGAACCGCACGUACGAGGGAUACGUGCAUGCAGUCUUCAAGAUUCAGCACAACGCAAGAAAGAUCGUCCUCGACUGCAGCCAGAAGCUGCAAGUCGUAGCGACAGUGCUCCGAUGGAAGUCGUUUCCUGUUCGCGUCACACGCGUUCUCCGAGACGGCAGCAAGGUCGUCAUCGACACAACUCACCUCCUCAGGCAGGGUCGCACGUACAACCUCACAGUGAAGUUCCAGGGCCGAUUCCGCCGGGAUGUCGGUCUCGUCAUGAAGCGAGAUGGCAAUCAAGUUGUUUUGCUCAUGUUACCCCACAAACUGGACGCCCACGUGAGCUUUCCGUGCUUCAAAGAUCCCGGAUGGAAGACGACUUUCGACGUGCGCCUGCUGACCAGCCAACAUUUCCACGCGUCUUCAACGGCCCGCAUAGCUAACAUCUGGACGCAAACCAAUGGCACCGUGGUGCAUGUCUUCCACAGAACGGAGCCCAUGUCGGCUUACCUGUUGUGUGCCAUCUUCACGAAUUUCACCGUCGUGUCCCACGAGAGGCUCAACUUGUGGACGACCACGGCCUUCAUCCCUUACCGGACUGCCAUGGUGAGGAUCAUCGGGAGGGCAGUGAGCCUACUCGAGCGGUUUGUGGGCGAGUGGAGCAACACGUCGCAGGUGCUCGACCUGGUGGUGGCGCCCGACUUGCCAGUGGUCGCCGUGUCGGGCGCCGGUUUCAUCGGCCUCCGACAAGGAGCGCUCGCCAGUUCCGCGGGCUGGCAGCGCGGCAGCUGGAUCGUCACGGUCGUGCGACACAUCGUCCUUCAGUUUUUCGUCGCGUAUGCCACGCCUCGUGCCCUAAAGGACAUAUGGAUUGCCGAAUCCUUGGCGUACCUGUUCCAGCGCCAGAUUCUUCAACACCUGGGCCUCGGCGAGAGCGUGGACCGGUUGCGGCUCCUGGGCCGCCGCAAGGCCAUGGACUACGAAGACAAUGGCGUGGAUAGCGGCUCUGUCCGCACCACGCUGGUCUUCGCGAUGCUUGCCGACCUAUGCCCCGUGACGAUAGACUCGGGCAUCAGGCGAUACCUGAAGGAGAACGAGUACGGAGUGGCCGACGGUGCGGCCCUCUGGCGGACUCUGGAUCUUUCGGGGCUGCUGUCUCGCCACAUGGAUACGUGGGCCGACUACGGAGGUUACCCCUUGCUUAGUGUGCUCUGGGUACACGACGACAGUGGACCCGGGCUUGUCCUGAAGCAGGGUUGGCACUGCUUCGACGACGUUGAGUGCAACGAGACGCUCGUGUGGGCGGUGCCGUUCGUGCUGGACGUUCAGGGAGGCACCCGGGUGCCCGAAAAAGGCGCUCUCUGGUUCAGAGGGACCAUCCAGCGCUACAACGUGGCGCGCGACCUGAGCUCGUCGUGGUUCCUUGUGAACACGGACACGGUGUCCUAUUUCCGCGUCCAAUACGACGCGAACAACGUGGCCCUCCUGACGAGCCAGCUGCUGAAAAACCACACGGUCUUGGGCGAGACCUCCAGGGCGCUCUUCCUCGACGACAUGGUCGCGCUGGCCGUGAGGCGGAUGGUGUCAAUCGAUGCCCUCGUGGGACUGCUCACGUAUCUGCAGGUGCGCCCUGUCAUCAGCUACAGUAAAGAGCAGAGCUGCACAGUGUGGCAGUUGUACACGCGGGCGGCCCUCAAGGCCUUGGAACACUUCUCUGGUCGAACCGAGUACCGGCCUUUCUACCUGAGGAACCAGGAGAUCUGCAUGCUCGUCCAGCUGGCACCCACCGACAACGCAUGCCUUCAAGCGAUGCGCCGGACAACGUGCUGCAAUUUCAACAUUACAGCAGCCAUGGUACCACCCCCACUGGAUGCUUCAGCCCAAUUCGUGCUGUCGGACCUGCUUCCACACGAGGAACUGGCUGCCGAGAUGGAGGACUUCAGAUUAGUCUCGGAAGUGACAGCGCCACGAAGGGCCUCUGCCACAUCCAGUGCGCCUGCCACAUCCAGAGAGCCUACCAGGAAUGCUGACAGCACAGUUAUCAAAAAGUCGGAAACCUCGGGAUCAAUGACUAAAGUCCCAUCCCCGCAGCGUGCCUCUGCCAAUCGCCACCAGUAUGGUGUCACUGCAGACAGUACAGAUGAUUCCGAGUCAGAAGACUCGGACACGACACCCCGACCCUUCAAAUCGGCGGCUAGGCCCUCUUCUGGAGGCAAUUCCAAGCCUUCUGGCUCUUCUGGAGGCAAUUCCAAGCCUUCUGGCUCUUCUGGAGGCAAUUCCAAGCCUUCUGGCUCUUCUGGAGGCAAUUCCAAGACUUCUGGCUCUUCUGGAGGCAAUUCCAAGACUUCUGGCUCUUCUGGAGGCAAUUUCAAGACUUCUGGCUCUUCUAGCGGCAAUUCCACGGCUCCUGAUGAGCCACAUCAUUCUACGACCAAGGAGAAGCUCAAAACUGCAGGCAUUCUGCUUGGAGUAGGAGCUGCCUUCGCAGUGCAAGCCAUUGAAGAAGGAGUGGAAGCAAUGUGA